UCUGGCUGCUGUCACCUGGGCUCCCCCGGGCUCAGCAGCCUCCCAGCCAGCGGCGGGUGACGCUCUGGGGACAGCCUGUGGGGACCUGCUCUCCUCGGGCUGCGUCCAAGGGAUGCAGGGAGCUGUGACUGCUGAGGGACAGAGCCUGGGGACACAGACGCCUAGGACCUCCCUGCAGGGGCAGCCUGGCUCUGGGGCCAGGGGAGGGCUCAGGCUGGGCGCAGCAAUGGCUGUCACACUGUCCCCCACACCGUGGCCUGGCAAAGGGGCGCCUGCUGCCUCAGCUCAGCCCUUCCAGCCUGAGGGUGUCCCCAGCCCGGGCUCCUGGGGUCACCUUGCUCGGGGUGGCCUCCACAGAGCAGGACCAGGUGAUGCCACACAGAUGCCAGCAGUGAGUGCAGCUGGUGGCCUGGGGCAGCCAGCGGGCACAGCAGAGCCCCAGAGCCCACAGCGAGACUCUGAGGCCACCCCCAGAGCUGGGAGUGAGACGGCUGCUGGUGUCCCUGCCACCUCCCAGCUAUGGCUGCGCCCUCCUGCCCUCCCCACAGCUGCUGCUGGCCCCUCUGCAGGGGCUGCGGUGACUCUGGUGCCACUCCGAGGAGCAGCCGUGGGGUCUCAGGUGCCACCUGAUGUCUCCAAAUGGGCACCAAUGGGUGCUGGCUCCUGGAGCCCCAGCCCAGCAGAGCAGGUGGUGGCCUCUGCUCUGCCAGCACAGGAGACACCCAGCUGGGCCCAGCUGAGCCCUGGCACGCUGGGGGUGUCCCCUGCCCUGGCACCAGAGGGGCUCUGGGGCACUGCUGGCACUGGGGCAGCUGCUCCAGGAACUAGGUCUGGACUCCUGGAUGCUGUCCUGGUAUCACUUCCUGCCGCUGCAGCCGCUCCUGGUGCCCACCAUCAGCACCUGCUGGCUUCUACCCUUCCCAUGGAGGCAUCUGGGGCUCCUGCUGCCACCCUGGGGACACAGAGUGAGUGGCCUUGUCCCCCUGCACAGCCCAGGGCUGCCAGUCCUGCAGGUCCCACCGUGACUGGGAUGGGCUCCACAGCCCCUGGUGUCACCCCAGAGCUUGGACAGACGUGUGUGACAGGAGAGCCCAGGCCCAGCCAGCCCAGGACAGCAGCAGUGGGACCUGUUCCCACUCCAGCAGGAGCUCCGGGGCCCAGCCCUGCCAGCCCAGGCUCUGUGCCUGCCCCCAGCUCCACAGAGCCAGCUCUGCACCUCACUGCCACCAGCAGCACUGUGACGUCUCCAUCCUGCCUGCUGUGCUCUCCUGGGGCUGGGUUUGCAGCCAGCUCCCUGCCCAGCUCCCAGAGCCUGGCUGUGCCCGCAGCACCGACCCUCCGUGCCCAUGCUGUGCCCAGUGGCUACAGCGCUUCUCAGAACUCCUCCACAGCCUCGGAGCAGCUCCCUGCAGCCACCAGAGCGGCCUCCGGCCCAGCUGAGCUGAUGACAGCGGGCACAGCUGGCUCCACAGGGACAGCACCCGCUGUGUGCCACCCCCGCGGCCUGCCCUUGCCCGCCCAGCCUGUGCACGUGCUGCCCCUGCAGUUCCGGCUGCUGGGCAUCGCCUACGCCCCGGGCCUGGGCAGCAGGAAUUCCCUGAGCUACCGGCGGCUGGAGGGAGACGUGACACUCGUGCUCAACCAGAUGCUGUCCAGCUAUGAGAGCUUCCUGCGGGCGAAGGUCCUCGAGUUCAUGAAAGGCUCCGUGGUGGUGAGAGGGGAGGUUCUGUUCCGGGGGGAUGCUCCUGCUCCCACCAACUCCCACCUGAUCCGCACCGUGGUCACCGAGGCGAGCAAGGGGAGGAGCAUCUUCAGCUGGCAGCUGGAGCCCCAGUCCGUGCAGUCUGCUGGCUUCAGCGUGGAGAACCUGGACCCAGAGAAGCUGUCCAUCUCCCUCACUGGCUCCCAGCUUGGGGUGGACAGGAUGGACCUGCUGGAGAAGCUGGUCCAAGAGAUUACUGCAUCUGUCAGUGGCCUCUACAACGUGAGGAACUUCACCAUCUCCCAGCUCAGGAACCUGGGUGGGUACACGGAGAUCACUGGAGACCUCUACCUAGACACAGUUGUCCAUGCUGACGUUGAGGAGGUUCUGGAAGCCCUGACUGCACUCUCAGACCUCUCCAAGGACCUGAGCUCCAUCUCGGUGGAGGGGUCCAAGCUGGGUCUGCUCGUGUACCCUUUGUCCUUUGUCGUCACCAACAGACCCUUCAGCCAGAAGCUUCGGGAUCCUCUCUCUGAAGAGCACCACAAUCUCUCCAGGGAACUUGGUGAUGUGGUGGCCAGAGCCCUGAGGGAUUACCCAUCCUUCCUGACAGCCAUCAUCAAGGAAUUCCUGCCUGGCUCCUUGCUCUGCCAUGGGAACAUGAUCUUCCAGCACCCUGCUCCAAGCAGCAUGCAGGUGCUGAAGACCCUCGUGCACUCGGUGGGGCCAGACCAGGCUCUGGCUGGCUCUGACAUCCACGUGGAUCCAUUCUCUCUGGCUGUGGGAGAGGACACCCUGGAUCCUCCCAGGCCCCAGCCAGGAUUCCCAGCCUAUGGAGUGGCCUUGGUGGUCAUCGGUGGCCUCUGCAUCGUGGCUGCGCCCGUCGUGCUCGUGUGCCUGGGCACCAGGAGGCUGGGCUGGCAGGCUGGAGAAGCCCUCUGGGACAGGAGAGACCCUGAAGUGGGGGUGCAGACGUUGGAAAUGGAUAACCAGGGCUUCUGGACAGAGGACUCUGAGGAUGGUCACUUUGAGUGGCAAAGCACUUCUGCCUGAGGAGAGAAGCAGAAUCUGCAGCUGGGGGGAGCCUGGAGAGGGGCUGUGUGUGGGAAGGAGAUGCUGAGAAGCUCUCCCUGACCUUAUGACAGCAGCUGCCAGGUGCUCCCUGAGCAGAAUGCAGACUCAGGUGUGUUAAGGAAUCAUUUUUGUGAAUUUUGUAUGUUAAAUAAACUGUUUGUAGACCGUGAAA